GUGGCUCGACUCAUUUCUCCUGUUCUUGCGACGCGAGCAAGUUCACUUUUCUGCCAGCGUUCUUUUGCCUCAAGCAACGUAAACUUCCCCAAAAUGGUAAACAAAUAUCAAAUUAUCGAGCGCGGCGAGCCACAUUCCUUGGAUUAUCGUAUUUUCUUCAAAAAUGAGUCGGGCAACUUGAUUUCGCCGAUGCACGACAUCCCGCUUUAUGCCGACGACUCGAAACAGGUUUUUAACAUGGUUGUCGAGAUUCCCCGAUGGACCAACGCCAAAAUGGAAAUUUCCCUCGCCGAAGGAUUGAAUCCCAUUAAGCAAGAUGUGAAAAAGGGAAAAUUGCGUUUUGUGGCGAAUUGCUUCCCGCAUCACGGAUACAUCUGGAAUUACGGUGCUUUUCCUCAAACAUGGGAAAAUCCCGACCAUUUAGACCCGGGAACGGGUUGCAAGGGCGACAACGACCCAAUUGACGUGCUCGAAAUCGGAUAUCGUGUCGCGAAACGCGGCGAAGUGAAGCAAGUGAAAAUUCUCGGGACAAUCGCUCUCAUCGACGAAGGCGAAACGGAUUGGAAAGUCAUCACGAUCGACGUUAAAGAUCCAAAUGCCGAUAAAUUAAAUGAUGUUGCUGAUGUCGAACGACUUUUCCCUGGAUUGUUGAAGGCAUCCGUCGAAUGGUUCAAAAUUUACAAAAUGCCCGAUGGCAAGCCAGAAAAUAAAUUCGCAUUUAAUGGCGAGGCAAAGGGAGCCGAAUUCGCCACGAAAGUCGUUGAGGAAACGCACAAAUUCUGGCAGGGGCUCAUCAAUGGACAAGAAGAGUCGGAAAUUUCGCGCGCGAAUGUCACAGUCGAGAAUUCGCCGCAUACCAUUUCGAACGAUCAAGCUGAUGAUAUUCUCCAAAAGGCAUCGAAUGGGGGAGAAGCUCAACCGCUCUCCGAUGAAAUCGACAAAUGGCAUUACGUGCAUUUGAUGUAAAAGGAAAAAUCAACAAAAAGGCGAGAAAGUAACGAAAGAUGCACGCAUUGUUUACUCAUUUGGUGGUUCAAUUAUUUGCAGAGCGUCCUUUAAUUGUUGUAUCGAUUAGAUAAUUGUAAAAUAAAAGUUAGAAACAAUAAAUAUAGCGCUCGUAAACUAUCAA